AUGAAAUACAUGGGGUCCUUCCUGAGGAAAGCGGCUACAACAAAUUUAUUCAAUAGCAUAAAAAAAAGGAAGGUACAAAACAGAGCCAUGUCAUAG